CUGUCUCUGAACCUCUUGAUACCCUCGCGUUUCUUUCUUUCUUUCUUUCUUUUGACUUCUUCAUCAAUUGCCAGCCUGUCAUUCUCAGGAGAGAGAAAAAAAAAAGAGGUCGACCCACUUCAAACCCACACGAAACCCCAGACGCUUAUCGGCCGAGAUGAGUUCCCCAGGGGAUUACGAAGCGGUUCGCAAGGACAUCGCUGCACAGUUGAAGAAGCCAGGGUACGACGACGGGAGUGCUGGGCCGGUAUUUGUGCGACUAGCAUGGCACUCCGCCGGCACAUACGACCUCGAGACGGACACGGGUGGUUCGAACGGCGCGGGGAUGCGGUAUGAGGCAGAAGGAGGCGAUCCGGCCAAUGCCGGGCUGGCCCAUGGGCGGGCAUUCCUCGAGCCGGUCAAGGAACGACACCCAUGGAUCACGUACGCGGACCUGUGGACGCUAGCGGGGGUGGUGGCCAUCAAGGAGAUGGGCGGACCAGAGAUCCCCUGGCAGAGCGGACGGACGGACCUGGUGGACGAUUCCAAGGUGCCGCCACGUGGGCGGCUCCCGGACGCGGCGCUGGGGGCCCAGCACCUGCGCGACGUCUUCUACCGGAUGGGCUUCACGGACCAGGAGAUUGUAGCUCUGGCUGGCGGGCAUAAUCUGGGCCGUUGCCAUGCUGACCGGAGUGGGUUUCAGGGACCGUGGGUCAACAACCCGACGCGUUUCUCCAACCAGUUCUUCCGCCUGCUGCUGAAUCUCGAAUGGAAGCUCGUCACCUUACCGCAUGGCGUCCAGCAGUAUAUCUAUGAAGACCCGGAUAUGGCCGACGAAGCCGACGGUGAUGACGAAGACGGCGAGAAGGAGGAGCCUCUGAUGAUGCUGCCAACGGAUAUCGCCCUCAUCACCGACCCAGACUUCCUGCCGUGGGUGAAGAGGUAUGCCGAGGACAAGGAUUUGUUUUUCGAUCACUUCACCAAGGCGUUUGCCAAACUCAUCGAGUUGGGCAUCCGACGCGAUGAACAGGGUCACAUCAUCAACACCGACAACAAGCUCGGCGGGUACGUCUCGGCACCCAAGAAGAGCAAUAUGCCGGAGACCGGCUUGGAGACGGAAUCUGCCUCAACUGCAGUCUCGACGGGGUGUCCCUACAAGGCCAGAUUAUAGAUUUUCUCUCUCUUUCUUUUUGCUCUCCCUUUUCUUUCUGUCAGACCUGCUUUUUGCUUUCAUGAAUGUCGGCUCUCCAAGAUGAGAUCCAUUCUAUGAUAGAUGGUAGAUGAAUAGGAAUAGAUAACCAGGAUCAUUUAGAAUAUCAUAUAUAUGAGUUGUAGAUGAAG